UCAUAGCUAUUAAACUAUUAUGAUUUUAAAUCUGUAUUGAACCUGUAUUUAACCAGCAAGAUCAGCAUUAAAUCAAUAGAUCACCCCAAAAAAAUAACAAAUAUAUUAUAUUUUUGGGUGAAUUAUUGAUGAGGCAUAAAGAUCUGGGCUAGUGACCAAACAUUAGGAUGUUCGAACCCAGAAAGAGCUGAUUUGUAUACUGUAUGUCGGCUAUUUAUAUUAGAUAUUGUUCUAUGCAAUCCAGACAGGUGAUUUUUCAUAGCACAAUAACGUCUGAUUUAAACUAAAGAACUCAAGUAUUAUGUAAACAUACAAUUUACCACAGUUAGUAGAAAAGUAGAGGUAGAGAUGAGUGGCAUCAGCAUAGCAGUGACAUGAAAAGCCAUGUUUCUGAAUGACAGAACCUAGUGAUGCCCUGUAAACAGAGAAAAGAAGUGGUCCAAGAACUGAGCCCUGAGGCACCCCAGUAGUUAGAUGUGGAGUGUAAUGUGAGUCACAUUUAAUAAAUGAAUGUUCUUCUUGUUUCAGUGGGCCCACAUUCAUAGUGAUCUGGGACUCUCUGUGCUCAGUUUCACCUCUGAACGUAGAGAGUGAUGAUGAUGAAGAUGACUCUGGUGAUGACGAGACAUUAGGGGAAGUUCCUGUAGAACAGUACUGAACCUGGCUGGGUGACUGAACCACUUGAAAUUUUUUAUUUUUAUUUUAAUUCAGUGACUUGCAGCCAGUUUUAAUAUGCAUGAGUGUGUUUUUGUUGGUAAUACCAGAUGAAGACAUGGACUCGUUUCCUGUGAUGGACAUGGACUCGCUGCUGGGCGGCCCGAUGAAUGAGGAGCAGCGAUGGCUGGAUGUGCUGGAGAAAGGACAGCUGGACGAGAAUAGAGAGCUGAAGAAAGAGAUGUCUCUGCUAACAGCAAGACAGGUGUCACAUAAACCACCCUCACAAUCAACAUUGGAGCUGCCCAUGGUAUACAAGAAGGAGCUGACGGCCGAAAGCAAGGAGCGUGCCCGCAAGAGACGCCUACAGGCCACCAAGAAACCCGAGAGACUGACCAAGACCAGCAAGGCCAAGAUCAAGAGCAUGAAGGAGCACAAGCUGCCUGUGGUGAGGUACAGCAGUAACGCUCAGAGCGCCGCCAUCUUGUACCCCGCCGGGAUCCCCGUCUCAACGCCCACUGCCCCGGCAGAGCCUCCUCCUGCGCCCCUGAGAUGCUCCAACAUGAAGAUAUACUCCUGCUCCAGGACUGGGACACCGCUGUGCAGUCUGGAGUACUACAGGAAGAACCUGAGGCUGGUGCAGGAAGUCGCUUAAAGCACCGUCUGUCAAUGGUGUGUGUUUAGUAGGUCCUUGCAAUUAUGUUGAACAGCAGACACAAAAUUCUAUGAUUAAUCAGCGUAAAAUCAUGCUGAACUUUAUUUUGUGCAAUUCAUGAAACACAAGCUGUAACAUUUUACGGUACGCCUCAAUUUGGUAAUAUUAGGUUUCCUGAACUAACAAUGAACAAUUUUUACUGCAAUUAUUUAUCUAACUUAUAGAUGUAAAUGUAUAAAUAUUAUAUACACA